GUUCAAACCAUGCCCCUGUACAUCGCCCACCAUGGGCUCCCUCCUUGACGAAAAAUCGAACUCGGUGCGCAAACGUAUCGAAAACCAUGUCUUUGAAGAUGAGGUAGGUGAAGAAUAUGAGGCGUCUGCUUUUGGUGGCUUCGGCGACUACAUGCGCCGCAAGAAAAUCAAAUUGCAGAACCUCGACGCCGAGAUCCGUUCCUCAUCUGGAGAUUGUCUGCCGAUAUUUCGUGGCGUCGUGGUGCACGUCAACGGGUAUACGCAGCCGUCCUUGCAGGAUCUCCACCGCAUGGUAGUCAGCCAUGGGGGGGGUUUUCUUCAGUAUCUAGACGGGAAAACUUCGGCAACCCACAUUGUUGCCAGUUCAUUGACCCCGAAGAAGCGGGAGGAAUUUCGUCGGUAUCGCAUCGUGAAGCCGGCGUGGGUGGUGGAGAGCAUCAAAGCCAAGCGUUUACUACCUUGGGACGCCUUUCGCGUAGUAGAUGAAGGGCAAACCCAAAAGGUGCUGAAAUUUGACAACGGGCGUGUCCUGAACGAGUCAAACACUCCACAGUCCAGUUACCGCGAUCAGACGAACUCUAGUUGGUACACAUCACAACUAAGGGAAUCUGCUCAGGUUCAAUAUGGGCAACCGAGCUCCGGCGUCUCUGAUAUGAGUCCUACCGCCGAUCAACCGGUGAAUCCGCCGACCCAGUCUGAUUACGGGGAUUUCCCCAGUUUUACCUCGCUGGACGAACCAAACGAAAGUAACAAGGUAGCUCGGUCCGGUGCUGAGUCUGUUGAAGAGCGGGCGACGACCCCAGUCCCCAUUAGUCACGCGCCAGAAGCGACUCAUAGCCCUUUGAAGUCGCCCCCGGCUGUAACCAAUGUGUCCUCACCUUCUCGGCGGCAUGCUCCAGCGCCAGAAGUGACUUCGGAGGAGUACAACGCCCAACUGCUCUCGGAUCCCCGCAUGCGGAACAACAGCGUUGUUAAUCCAGAGUUCAUCCAACAGUACUAUAGAGAGUCUCGUCUUCACCACCUCUCAACGUGGAAGGCAGAAUUGAAGGCCCAGCUCCAGCUAGCGGCAAAAGAGAAAUCCCAGUCGCCCCUAAGUCGAAGGCGGCAGAUCCCUGGGGCGCGGCGGUACAUCAUGCACGUUGACUUCGAUUGCUUCUUCGCCGCAGUUGCCGUUCUCAAGCACCCCGAUCUCGAGGGGAAGCCGGUCGCCGUAGCCCACGGUACGGGCAGCGGCUCAGAGAUCGCCAGUUGCAAUUAUACCGCGCGUGCAAAAGGCGUCAAGAAUGGUAUGUGGAUGAAGGGGGCUCUGCAAUCGUGUCCAGAUCUGAACGUCUUGCCCUAUGACUUUCCGGCAUAUGAGGAUGCUAGUCGGAAAUUUUACAGCGCCAUCCUUUCAGUGGACGGCAUCGUGCAGAGUGUCAGUAUUGACGAAGCGUUGGUCGAUAUCACCGGCCAGUGUCUGGAGGCCGGGGGCUCCGAUGGGAGAGGCGUGUCCGAAGGCUCCAUCUACAGAGAGCAAGCCAAGGCGGAUGAAAUCGCCGACAGUCUUAGACACGCUGUCAAAUUGGAGGCCGGGUGCUCCGUCUCUAUGGGUAUUGGAGGCAACAUCCUUCAGGCAAAGGUUGCAUUGCGAAAAGCCAAACCGGCUGGCCAAUUUCAACUCAAGCCGGAUAUGGUGCUCGACUUUAUUGGAAACCUCACAGUCCAGGAUUUGCCAGGCGUGGGCUACAGUCUCGGGGCAAAGUUGGAAGAGCUUGGUAUAAAAUUCGUCAAAGACGUCAGGGACCAGUCAAAAGAAAGACUCACUUCUGCCCUGGGACCCAAAACAGGGGCUAAGAUCUGGGAAUAUGCCCGUGGGAUUGAUAGAACUGAAGUUGGCAACGAAGUGAUGAGGAAAUCCGUCUCGGCGGAGGUCAACUGGGGCAUCCGUUUCGUCAAUCAGACCCAGGCCGAAGAUUUUGUGCGCUCCUUAUGUGAAGAGCUACACCGACGACUCGUCGAAAACCUGGUCAAAGGGAAGCAGCUCACUCUCAAAGUCAUGCGACGGUCAGCGGAUGCGCCAUUAGAACCCGUCAAACAUCUAGGGCACGGAAAGUGUGAUACAUUCAACAAGAGUGUCCUGCUGGGAGUGCCAUCUAAUUCCACCGAUGUCCUUGGGAAAGAGGCCGUCUCGAUGCUCAAGAGUUUCGCAAUCUCACCGGGCGACUUGAGAGGCAUCGGAGUACAGAUGACCAAGCUAGAGCCUCUGAAACCUGCAACGGGGGGAAGCAUUGAGGCCAGCCAGAAACAGCUCAAUUUCAAGGCCUCCCCUGCGCGUAAAAGGGCCCAGCAAGCCCAUGACCCGGACGACCUGGAGAGCCCACGCAAGGAGGAAACGGAUACGGUCAACUACGGGCCGUCGCUCAACGAUAGCAACCAGAAGCCUUUGAAUAUAUCAGGCACCCAAUUCAUCAUGCCAUCUCAAACCGAUCCGCAGGUCGUAGCGGAGCUCCCGAACGAUAUACGGUCCAAGCUCGUUGCACAAGGAAAGCAGGCUUCUCGGAGAGGCCGGUCGACUUCACCCUGCCCUCCGCCUCGUCGAAAUCAACCGCCAGUUGCAGCUGAGCUUCCACCCCAGUCUCAGCUCGAUCCAGAAACCCUCGCUGCCCUACCCGAAGACGUGAGGGCCGAAGUUCUAGGCUACUACAACCAGCAAGGCCCCUCAGACCCUCAGGCUGCACCUGCACCCGCAGCACCUACAUCACCCGCAACGGUCCCCGCACCUCCCAACCCACUCCGCUUCAAAAAGCCCACAAGUCCACCAAAGAAGAAACGCGGUCGACCCAGCACCAAAUCAACCGGCUCCACGACCCUCCGACAAGCGAACUUCCUCUUCCCACGCCCCACAACCCCCACCCUCAGCGAAGAGCGAGGCGAACCAUCUCCCCUCCCCGACCCAGCCGACGAAGUAUCGCCCGAAUUCCUCGCCGCCCUCCCAGAAGACAUCCGGCGCGAGGUCCUCGAAGAACAUAGACGAGCGCGCACACGAUCACGCCCAGGCAGCGCUACGCAGCGCACCACGGGCCAACAAACUCGCCCUUUUGGCGCACCGCCUGCACCCGCCCAAGAAAGACGACUCCGACUUCCUCCCCUACCGGAACGGCCAACGUUCACAUCGCAGAAGUUAUCCAGGCUGUCUGAUCUGCGCGACGCAAUCGGGUCUUGGCACGCUGCGUUUGCGGAAGAAGGGCCCUUCGAAGAAGAUGUCGAGGCCCUUGCGUACUAUGUGAAGCGUGUGGUGGUGGACGAGAGAGAUCUGGACAAGGCGGUGUCCGUCACGAAGUGGCUUAUGUGGCUUGUUGAGGAUAGUCGUCCGACGGGGGCUGGUGGAGAGCGCGGGUCUCCGAAUGGUCUUUCGUGGGACGAGGCGGUGCGGUCUUUGCAGCGGAGUGUUGCGGAGGGGGUGGAAGAACGGGGGUUACCUCCUGUAGACUUCUCUUGA